AUGGCGCCCCCUAUGAUUGACCCUGCGCUGUUCGACCAGCUCAAGUCCAGGAUUGACGAGGACACAAAUAUCAGGAAAGAACUGGACCAGAUCAUCGAUGAAUUGAACCAGCACGUCUCCUACACCCAGGGGUUGCUCUCGCGGAUACAUUCGACCCCGCGGUCUAAAUAUGACGCCCUGCUCGGCCAGGUGGAGAACGGCAUCAAGCAGGAGAUCCAGACUGUCGGCAGGCUGUCUGCGUUUGCAUCCCAGUAUCCGUAUUACAAAUAUAACCACAAGUGGUCGCGCACGGUGCAGGACGCCAUCUCCACCGCCAUCCUCUGCGCCUGGCUGGGCGGCCUGUCGCCGGACUCCAAGCCGGGCGAGGUCGGACGACUGCUGACCCUCGAGGAUGUCGGCAAGACCUUUGAAGUGCCCGUCAACCUGAAAGACCGCGACGCCUUCCACAUCACGAUCGAGGAGUACCUCCUCGGCCUGAUCGCCGUCAUCGACGACCUCAGCCGGCUGGCCGUCAACUCGGUGACGCUGGGCGACAACGCCAUGGCCGUGCAGAUCAGCGGCUUCAUCAAGGACCUGCAUGCCGGCUUCCAGGUGCUGAACCUGAAGAAUGACAUCCUGCGGAAGCGGGUCGAUUCCAUCAAGUAUGCCGUCAAGAAGGUCGAGGAUGUCGUGUACGACCUGUCGCUGCGCAAUCUCAUCCCUGCUGCUCAGAGUCAGGGGGCGCAGUGA